CGGCCGCCCGCGCUCCCGCCCCGGCCCUCGCCCGCCACGCCCUUCCCUUCUCGGCUGGGUCCUGUCAGCCUCUCGGGUUUCGGGCGGGAUCUGGGAGGAAGCGUGCACCCUCCCGUAGUGGAGGGGAGGGAAGACCUGGGCCGGCCGCAGGGCGAAGGGUGCGCUCCUGGAAGCGGCCGGGCUCCCGGGGCCCCAGCUCCGGCUGUCUGGGCGGGCCGGGCCGGUUUGGGGCCGCCCGGCGUCCGGAGAAGGGCUGGGCUCGCGCCCGUGUUUCUCAGCUGUUCGCUGCUAUCUCGGGCCGGAGGGGAACCCUGGCAGUUAGCGCUUUGAAUGUCACAUUUGAAGACAAGGGGCACUGAGGAUGAGGAAUCAACUGAAAAGUAUGAAAAUGUUGGAAAUACAGAAUCUGUGUGGCCAAAAGUGGAAGGUCUUCACAAGGAUCAUAUGCAGGAAUCUAAGGUUGGUGAAACUUGUGAUUGGGAUAGCAAGGUAGAGAAUCAAUUGGAAAAGCCUGAGGGAAAAAGAAUGAAGGAAGACAAAAGCAGCAUCAGGGAAAAGAUUGGCAAAGCCAAGAACACAGCGAAUAUAAAGACAGAAGAGGAAGAGGAGGCAUCUGAGAAAAGCUUACAUCUGAACUCAAAACAUGUUACACACCAGACUGUCCCUAUAGAACAGAAAAGCAGCGAACAAGGCAAAUGUGUGGAGAGCAUUAAUGGAAACUCUCACCCCAGUCCACAGCAGAAAAAUAGUGCUGCUAAGAAAGCACACAAAUGUGACGAGUGUGGGAAAUCCUUCAAAUAUAAUUCCCGCCUUGUUCAACAUAAAAUAAUGCAUACUGGGGAAAAACGCUAUGAGUGCGAUGACUGUGGUGGGACUUUCCGGAGCAGCUCGAGCCUUCGCGUCCACAAGCGGAUCCAUACUGGGGAGAAACCAUACAAGUGUGAGGAAUGUGGAAAAGCCUACAUGUCCUACUCCAGCCUUAUAAACCACAAAAGCACCCAUUCUGGGGAAAAGAACUGUAAGUGUGAUGAGUGUGGAAAAUCUUUCAAUUAUAGCUCUGUUUUGGACCAGCAUAAGAGGAUCCACACUGGGGAGAAGCCCUAUGAAUGUGGUGAGUGUGGGAAGGCCUUCAGGAACAGCUCUGGUCUCAGAGUCCACAGAAGGAUCCACACAGGGGAGAAGCCCUACGAAUGCGACAUCUGUGGGAAAACCUUCAGUAAUAGCUCUGGCCUUAGGGUCCACAAAAGGAUCCACACAGGGGAGAAACCUUAUGAAUGUGAUGAGUGUGGAAAGGCCUUCAUUACAUGCAGAACACUUCUAAACCAUAAAAGCAUCCACUUUGGAGAUAAACCUUAUAAAUGUGAUGAGUGUGAGAAAUCGUUUAAUUAUAGCUCUCUCCUUAUUCAGCAUAAAGUCAUCCACACUGGAGAGAAACCUUAUGAAUGUGAUGAAUGUGGGAAGGCUUUCAGGAACAGCUCAGGCCUGAUAGUGCAUAAAAGGAUCCACACGGGAGAGAAACCUUACAAGUGUGAUGUCUGUGGCAAAGCAUUCAGCUAUAGCUCAGGCCUUGCAGUCCAUAAAAGCAUUCACCCUGGGAAGAAAGCUCACGAAUGUAAGGAGUGUGGAAAAUCCUUCAGCUAUAAUUCACUUCUUCUUCAACAUAAAACCAUUCACACUGGAGAGAGACCUUAUGUGUGUGAUGUGUGUGGGAAAACGUUCAGAAACAAUUCAGGCCUCAAAGUCCACAGGAGGCUCCAUACUGGGGAAAAACCAUAUAAGUGUGAUAUGUGUGGGAAAGCCUAUAUCUCACGCUCUAGCCUUAAAAACCACAAAGGAAUCCAUCUUGGGGAGAAGCCCUAUAAAUGUAGCUAUUGUGAGAAAUCCUUCAAUUACAGCUCUGCCCUUGAGCAACAUAAAAGGAUUCAUACAAGGGAGAAGCCUUUUGGGUGUGAUGAGUGUGGAAAAGCCUUCAGAAAUAAUUCAGGCCUUAAAGUACAUAAACGAAUCCACACUGGGGAGAGACCUUACAAAUGUGAGGAAUGUGGGAAAGCCUACAUCUCACUUUCAAGCCUUAUAAAUCAUAAAAGUGUACACCCUGGGGAAAAGCCCUAUAAAUGUGAUGAGUGUGAGAAAGCCUUCAUCACAUACCGAACCCUUGUAAACCACAAAAAAAUUCAUCUUGGGGAGAAGCCCUACAAAUGUGAUGUGUGUGAGAAAUCUUUUAAUUACACCUCACUCCUUUCUCAACACAAAAGGGUCCACACGAGAGAGAAACCCUAUGAAUGUGACAGGUGUGAGAAGGUCUUCAGAAACAACUCAAGCCUUAAAGUGCAUAAAAGAAUCCAUACUGGGGAGAAGCCCUAUGAAUGUGAUAUGUGUGGAAAAGCCUACAUUUCACACUCAAGCCUUAUUAACCAUAAAAGUACCCACCCUGGCAAGACACCCUACACAUGUGAUGAAUGUGGAAAAGCUUUUUUCUCAAGCAGAACUCUUAUAAGCCAUAAAAGAGUCCAUCUUGGGGAGAAACCCUUCAAAUGUGUUGAGUGUGGGAAAUCUUUUAGUUACAGCUCACUCCUUUCUCAACACAAGAGGAUCCACACAGGGGAGAAACCCUAUGUAUGUGAUAGGUGUGGGAAGGCAUUCAGGAACAGCUCAGGCCUCACGGUGCAUAAAAGGAUCCACACAGGCGAGAAACCCUAUGAAUGUGAUGAGUGUGGGAAAGCAUACAUUUCACACUCAAGUCUUAUCAACCAUAAAAGCAUCCACCGUGGGCAGCAGCCCUAUAAUUGUGAGUGUGGGAAAUCCUUCAAUUAUAGAUCAGUCCUUGACCAACACAAAAGGAUCCACACUGGAAAGAAGCCAUACCGAUGUAGUGAGUGUGGGAAGGCUUUUAAUAUCAGAUCAAAUCUCAUCAAGCAUAAAAGAACCCACACUGGAGAGGAAUCUUUAAAUGUGACAAAUGUGGGAAGUCAUAGUGGCACGUCACAGAAAGGAACUCACGAGGGAGAGAAUGCUCUGGAUGGGACCAGGAUGAGCACAUCUCUGUAGGAGGCAGAGCUUACCAAGUCUCAAAGAACUCAAAUGGAAGAAAAACCUUAGGAAUGUAAGAAUAUCGGAGGUCCUUGUUCAUGGCUUAUAAUUUACAUAGUAUAUAUAAAUGAAACCCUGAAUAAUCUUUUCUAUGUGAUCUUCAAUCAUAGCGAGCAAGAAAGCCUCCAGUGUCAAGAGAUUUGAGCCUUUAUGGAAUAUGAAAUAGUUCAUACUGGGGAUAAAACCUAUCAAAAUGAUGGACUGUUAAAAAAAACCUUCAAAAUAAGCAGACAUUUCUGGGCAUAAAAGAAAACACAUGGAUGAGGAAAGGAUUUCAGUUGAGUCCUUCAGUCUUUCAGUUAGAAGUCACAUAGUCAUGAUCAGAAACUUCAUAUUAGGGUAAAUUCUGUGAAUAGAAAUGUGGGUGAUUCAGGUAGAGCUUUGAAUCCCAAUUAUACAUUGGUCACCAGAAAAAAAUCCAAGAAGCCUCCAGCAGGCAAAUUCAGGGGGAGAGAGGCUUCACGGAGUAUAAAUUUAUUUAAUAGUAGUGAUCAUGAAGUAUAAACUUGAUAUAAUUGAAUGAUUUGGGGGAGUGAUGACAAACUCUGAAACAAAAUUUGGAUUUUGUUGUAGGAAAAGUAAAAAGUGUAGACAUAAAUCUAACAGGAGACAGUCA